CCCACUCAUCGUUCAAGAGAGCAUUAAAGCCACCAACAUCAACAAGUAUCUACCAUUUGGAAAGAAAACAAUCUCAGGGCACCACAAGUUCUUGUACAGAAACCAGCUUCUUGGACCAGAGAAAGAAAAGAGAGAGAGAGAGAGAUGGCUGCUGCCUCUGGUGCUGUCCUAAAUGGAUUGGGAUCUUCGUUCGUGUGUGGAGGGAAGAGGAGUCGAGCCUUGUCGGGAAUUGGAGCAACUGGGAUUGGAAGUUGCUCGGUUGGUGCGAGGAAGUUGACGAUAGUAGCUGCUGCUCAACCAAAGAAGUCUUGGAUCCCUGCUGUUAAAGGUGGUGGCAGCUUCGUUGACCCCGAGUGGCUCGACGGCUCGCUCCCCGGUGACUACGGUUUCGAUCCUCUAGGCCUAGGCAAGGACCCGGCAUUCCUCAAAUGGUACAGGGAAGCUGAACUCAUUCACGGCCGGUGGGCUAUGGCUGCCGUGGUGGGCAUCUUUGUUGGCCAAGCAUGGAGCGGCAUCCCCUGGUUCGAGGCUGGUGCUGACCCUGGUGCCAUCGCCCCCUUCUCCUUCGGUUCCCUCCUCGGCACCCAGCUCAUUCUCAUGGGUUGGGUGGAGAGCAAGCGGUGGGUGGAUUUCUUCAACCCCGAGUCCCAAUCCGUAGAAUGGGCAACACCGUGGUCUAAAACUGCAGAGAACUUCGCCAACGCCACUGGCGACCAGGGUUACCCUGGCGGCAAGUUCUUUGACCCUCUGGGCUUUGCAGGGACUCUCAAGAAUGGAGUGUACAUUCCUGAUGAGGAGAAGCUCGAGAGACUUAAACUUGCUGAGAUUAAGCAUGCUAGGCUUGCCAUGAUUGCCAUGUUGAUCUUCUACUUUGAGGCUGGUCAAGGCAAGACUCCUCUUGGUGCUCUAGGACUGUAAAACCUUUACAUGAUGACCAUUUCUGUCAUCAAUGUAGAUAUAAAUCUAUUUUUUAGUGGACAAACAUUCGCCAACUCCAA